AUUCAAAACUGUAUAGUAGUAACAAAAAUGAGCAUAUGAAAAAUAGUUUUCAUUAGAAAUGAAGCAGCAGACGGUCGUGCAAGUUCAGCAGAAUCAGCCUUUAGAAAUAGAAUCUAACCCCGUUGCAGAUGUAAUAGAAGCAAUUGUGAGUUUUAUCUUAUUUCUUCUGAUUCUUGCGACGUUUCCUCUGACCAUCUCGUCUUGCAUUAUAAUUGUGAAAGAGUAUGAAAGAGCCGUUGUUUUUCGACUUGGCCGAAUUAAGAGCUAUCGACCAAAAGCUCCGGGAUUAUACUUCAUGAUACCUUGUAUGGAAGAGUAUAGAAUCGUGGACCUUCGCGUGAAAACGUUAGACGUCCCGCCGCAAUUAAUUUUGACAAGAGACAGCGUUUCACUUUGUGUUGACGCGGUUGUUUUCUGGCGUGUUUUUGACCCGACUUUGAAAGUUGCUCGUGUGCAAAAUCCGGAAGACAAUACUAAAAUGCUGGCACAGUCCACACUAAGAAGUAUACUCGGAACUAAAACUCUUGCUGAAGUCUUAGCCGAUAAGAACGAAAUUGCAUCCUCAAUGCGACAAGCUUUGGAUGCUGCCACCGAUCAAUGGGGAAUAAAAAUAAACGACGUGGAAAUAACAGACAUCAAGUUACCACCAGAGUUACAAAGAGCUAUGGCGGCCGAAGCUGAGGCGUCCCGUGAAGCCAAAGCAAAGGUAGUGUCUGCAAAUGGCGAAAUGAUGGCAUCUAAGAAACUAAAGGAGGCCGCGGAUAUAAUGAACGAUUCUCCAAAUGCAAUACAACUUCGUUAUUUGCAAACUUUAACCGGGAUAAGCGACAAAAACAACAAGACUAUAAUCAUCCCCAUUCCAUCAAAUGUCAUCGCUGCACUUGUUCGCAAGAAAAAAGAUCUUCGCGGGAAACCGGCGUUCAAGGGCAGGGCAGGCAGUCUAACAUCUAAAUUAUAACUUAACGUCUAAUUUGUACAAUUCGUGUUCAAUAAAAUAUG